UUGGCGCCAGCGGAACUUGUCACUUAGUGGCAUGUUUUAUGUUGGUACCACUGUAGUAACUACGUGGUCGCAAUAGUACAAAAAUGUAAACAUGCACAGAUAAUUUUGGGUUAUUUUCCUAGAAUUUGUGUACAAUUAGAUAAUUAUUUAGCUUCAUUAAAACCUAAAAAUUAUCGAGAGAUACAUUAGUAGUUAGCAUAAGCUAUCUAUGGUAUAAGUUUCAACAAAAUAUUUUUUUGUAACCGGAGUGAACAUAGGUAGAAGCGUCGUCAAGCGCAGAAUUUCAAGUCCGUAAUGGCGGACGCCAAUAAUUUUGGAAGUUUCGUGAUUCUAUUGUUCUGUUUUUAAGUAUUUUACUUGUUUGCUGGUUUGGGAAUGAGUUUUGUCAUAAGUGAACGUAUACGGAGUGUUAAAAACGUGAUAGUGAUAUGAAAUGUUCAGUUAUAGCGUGACAAAAUCGCCUUCUAGAUAUGUAACCUUUUCCCUAACCUCGUUUACGCCAAUGGAGUAGAUAUGUGAUCGAUGUGUGUGCGUCGGUGAACGAUAUUUCGUCCGUUUCGCGUUACUAUUUGUGUAUAGUUCAUCUUCUUGUUAGUGAUGGAAGUGUCCGCGUCGCGGUUUUGCAAUCCGACGCCCGAUUCCGAUGUAACGUAAGCGAGCCGGUCGAUCGCCAAAGCGAGUGUAAGCAGGGACGGUCGUUGCCAGCCGAACAUGGCUGCGACGCAGGCAGAGUCUCAGCGAAGCGAAAUAAACGUUGACCAGAAUCCAUCGGAGCCGCUCAGUGAAUCUCGGAACGCUUUGUUGCAAAACGGCACCGACAAGUCCGUCGGGCGCGUUCCGCCCGAUGGCGUCGUGAACACAAAGAGCAAAUCGCCGAUGUCGGCCGAAACAGGGCAGCCACGCGACAGUGGCGAGUCGCCCGGUCACGACCGAGGCGUAGAGAGGCCAGUGACAGACCAGUACGGCCAGUAUAGAUAUCAAGAAGGCGCGGAUCCUUAUUACGCGCCGCGGCCAGGUUUUCCCGGUAAACCGCGGCCACCGCCGCAGCAACCGCGCUUUUUCCCGGGACAGGCGGUGUCACAGGCACCAGGUCCAACGCCCACGCUGAAUUCGUUACUACAAUCAAGCGGGGCGCCGCCACACCGCUAUCCCAACAGUUAUGAGCAGCCGCCGGGGUAUGGCCCGGCUCCCGGCUGGCCGCAGCACAGGCCUAUGCCGCCCUAUAAUCCUCAAGGAAGCCCAUACAGAAAUUCAACGCCGCCUCGGGGAUACGGUGGGCCCCCUUACGCGGGAGCCCCAGGCGGCCCUCAACAGCCCCCGGGUGCGUACGGCCCGCCCGGCUCGUACCCGCAGAGGUACCCGCCGCCGCCGGGAGCCCCUGGCGCACCUAACUCAAGACCGCCAUUCUCGCCACAUCAGGGUUAUGAGCGAGGUGGUUCCCCUCAGCCACAGACGCAACCGCCGGGUGCGCCUAGCCCCGGCGCUGUGCAAAGCGCGCCCGGCGCCAUGUCGCCCACUCAGGAUACGCAGCACCCGCCGCACAUGCCACACGGAGCACAACCACCGCAGCAUCAGGGUUACCCGCCUCCUCCGAGGCCACCUCAGCCGUCCACGCCUAACGCACAUGAUCCAGACUCUGAUCUGACCGGUCAGAACAGCAAUGAUUCGGGCGGAAGCGGCGGCGCGGGGCGCGCUACCACGCCGCACCUGAGGCCGACGCCCAGCCCAACAGGCUCCAGUGGCUCACGCUCCAUGUCACCGGCUGUUGGCACGCAGAACGUAGCGAUGCCGCCGCGAACGUCGUCGUCGCUGUCGGACGGCAGCGGGCCGACGGCGCGGCCCGGGCCCGGCGGCGCAGCGGGAGCACCCACGCCCGGCGGCGGGCCGCCUCCUGGCGCUAUGGUGGCGCAGCCCUACGCGCACCACCCCGGCUACAAGGCUCCGCACUACCCGCCGCCGCAGCCUUACGGCUACCCGCCUAGAAACCAUCAUCCUUACCCCUACGGGUAUCGUCCGCCACCACCACCACACCCGCCACAACAUUACCCUCCACUCAAGCAGCAACCUCGACACAUGGGUCCCCCUGGCCCCGGCGGGCCGGGCGGUCCUGGCGCCCCUGAAGGCGCGAUGCCGCCGCCCACUGCGCCGGCCGAGCCGCACGACAACGGCCCCGCCGCGCCCGCCACCGCGCUCGUCACCACCGGGCCCGACGGCGCGCCGCUCGACGAGGGCAGCCAACAGAGCACGCUCAGUAACGCCUCGGCAGCGUCAGGCGAAGAAUGCGGCGGCGGUUCGGGCAAGCGCAAGGAGUACGGCGCGGGCAGCGCGGCGCCGUCGCCCUCGCCCGGCGGCGGCUCGCACUCCUCGCUGCACGACGACUACGACGCCUCGCCCUCCUCCUGGCCGCGCCCGCCCUCUAGUCCCGUAUUUAACAGUCACAUAGCGCCGGAGUCCUACAGAUCAAAGGCUGAAAAUUCAAGGCGACGAAUAGGAGACUCUUCGUCAGGCCCGAAGUCGGACUCGCUGGGCAAGCUGUACGAGAUGGACGACGCGCCCGAGCGGCGCGGCUGGGUGGAGCGUCUGCUGGCCUUCAUGGAGGAGCGGCGCACGCCCAUCGCCGCCUGCCCCACCAUCAGCAAGCAGCCGCUCGACCUGUACCGCCUGUACCUGCUCGUGCGCGACCGCGGCGGCUUCGUCGAGGUAACCAAGAAUAAAACGUGGAAAGACAUCGCCGGCCUUCUGGGUAUCGGUGCUUCGUCGUCGGCCGCUUAUACGCUGCGCAAACAUUACACGAAGAACCUGCUCGCGUACGAGUGUCACUUCGACCGCGGCGGGAUCGACCCACAACCUAUUAUCAACCAAGUUGAAGCCACCACCAAGAAGAAGAGUGGCAAGUCCAACAGCACAUCCAGUACAGGGUCGUCCAACUCGCAGGAGUCGUUCCCGAGCGGCGGCGGCGGCGGCGCGCCCAUGGACAACUACGCGCCGCAGUACGCCGGCUAUCCGCCGCAACCCAACCACGCGCAAGGCGGCGGGCCAGGCGGCGACAACCUUGCCGCCUCCAACCCGUUCGACGAGCCGCCGGGGCCCAGGAGACCCCCAGGUUACCAACAAAGCUACGGGUAUGAAUAUGGAUCUCCUUACCAGCCAAAUAGGCCUGUGUAUCCACCUUACGGCCCUGACGGUGACAGAGGGUACCGCGGCGGCGCGGGCCCGGGCGGGCCGGGGCCGGGCGGGCCGGGCGCGGCGCCGGCGGGCGGCGACUACCAGUACGGCUACGGCGGCGCCUACCGCGGGGCCGCGCCCGGCGCCAACACGCCGCCGCCCGCGCAGCCCUACCCCGACUACUACCGCGCGCCGCACCCCACGCACGCGCCGCACCCGCACGCGCCGCACGCGCCGCACGCGCAGCACCCGCCGCACCCGCCGCACCCGCCGCACCCGCCCAUCUCGCCGCAGCAGCCGCCGCACGAGUACGGCGGUGGCAAGGCGCUCGGCGGCGGUGUGGGAGCGGGCGCAGGCGCUCCGCGACGACAUCCAGACUUCGCCAAGGGCGAGCCGGCGUACGGCGGGGCGGGAGGCGCGGGCGGGCCUGCGGGCGGAGCGGGCGCAGCGGGCGCGGGCGCGGCUGCGCGCUUCGGCGGCGCCUGGGGCGCGGCCUUCCCGCGCGCGCCCCAGCCGCCGGCCCCCGCCGCGCCCUGGCGCCCGCAGCCUGGCGCGCCACAACCGCCCGCCUGGUCACAUCCGCCCUACUCCAACACGCCUAGCGGAGGUCCAGCAUGGGGUGGAGCGCCACGACCACCGACGCAAGACCCCUAUAAUUCCACUGCACCCUCACCCGGGACGGCACCGGCUCUCACAGCACCCGGACAGCUGAAACGGGAGCUAACAUUCCCUGCCGAAUGUGUGGAAGCGGCUGUGCCCACCGGCGAGAAAAGAAGACGACUUACCAAGGCUGAUGUUGCGCCCGUUGACGCGUGGCGCAUAAUGAUGGCGCUCAAGUCAGGACUGCUAGCAGAGACUUGUUGGGCGCUCGAUAUUCUCAACAUUCUCUUGUUUGAUGACAACUGUAUAGGUUAUUUUGGACUUCAGCAUAUGCCAGGAUUACUGGAUUUAUUACUUGAACAUUUUCACAAGAGUCUCAGUGACGUGUUUGAUUCGCCGUCGAAUGACGAGGGCCCUUGGUAUGCGCCACCCGCGAGCCCGGAGCCCGUCAUCAAGAGCGCGAAAACAACGAGAGAGCCGCGCGAGCCGCCCGACCCCAGCGACCGAGUGCGCGUCAUCAGCGGUGAGAACUACACGCUCGAGUCGCGGCGGCGGCACCCCGUCAUGUACAAGCCCGACGACGAGCUGUUCGCGCCCGAAGACGAGGCCGACGACCACGACGGCCACGUGGAGGACGUGCUCGAGCCCUGGCAGUUCGGCGGCGACUCGGGCGGCGCCGCGCAUGUUGUGCCCUGCUUCCGCACGGAGUUCCUGCACCUGCCCUUCGUGCGGGUCAUGCCCGGCGUGCGCGCGCCCUCGCCGCCGCCCGCCUCGCCCGCCGCCAGCGAGCCCGCGGCCGGGCCCUCGCCGCCGCCCGUGCCGCCCGAGCCCGGCGCCGACAACCUGGCGCCCGAGCCCAUGGAGCUGGAGCCCGAGCGCAGGCCCGCGCUGGCCGUGCGCGACCCCGCCGGCGUGCUCAAGCGCCGCCGCCUGCAGGACUACGAGGACGAGUGCUACACGCGCGACGAGCCCAGCCUCAACCUCGUGGACGAGACGCGCGACGCGCUGGCGCGCCGGUGCAUAGCGCUCUCCAAUAUCUUGCGGGGCCUCACCUUCGUGCCCGGCAACGAGGCCGAGUUCUCGCGCUCCGGCGCCUUCUUGGCGCUGGCCGGCAAGUUGCUGCUGCUACACCACGAACACGCCCCGCGAGCAGCGCGCGCGCGUGCCUACGAGCGGGCCGCCCGGGACGACAACGACGCAGCCGCCUGCUGCUCGAGCCUGCGCGGUGGCGCCGAGUGGUGGUGGGACGCGCUGGCGCAGCUGCGCGAAGACGCGCUCGUGUGUUGUGCUAACAUCGCGGGCGGCGUGGAGCUAGCCGGCCAGCCCGAGGCCGUGGCGCGGCCGCUGCUGGACGGGCUGCUGCACUGGAGCGUGUGCCCCGCGGCCGUGGCGGGCGACGCGCCGCCCGCGGCGGGCGCGGCCUCGCCGCUGUCGCCGCGCCGCCUGGCGCUGGAGGCGCUGUGCAAGCUGUGCGUGACGGACGCCAACGUGGACCUGGUGCUGGCCACGCCGCCGCGCGGGCGCAUCGCGGCGCUGUGCGCGGGGCUGGCGCGCGACCUGUGCCGGCCCGAGCGGCCCGUGGUGCGCGAGUUCGCCGUCAACCUGCUGCACUACCUGGCGGGCGCGGGCGGCGCGGCGGCGCGCGAGGUGGCGCUGCACGCGCCCGCCGUGGCGCAGCUCGUGGCCUUCAUCGAGCGCGCGGAGCAGACGGCGCUGGGCGUGGCCAACGCGCACGGCGUGGCGGCGCUGCGCGACAACCCCGACGCCAUGGGCACGUCGCUGGACAUGCUGCGCCGCGCCGCCGCCACGCUGCUGCGCCUGGCCGAGCACCCCGAGAACCGGCCGCUCAUCCGCCGCCACGAGCGCCGCCUGCUGUCGCUGGUCAUGAGCCAGAUCCUGGACCAGAAGGUGGCGCACGAGCUGGCCGACGUGCUGUUCCACUGCAGCCAGGCGCGCGCCGACGCGGACGCCGAGUAGGCGCGAGUGUAGUGACGAGUGAAGCGGACGCUAGCGCCGCAGCGGGUUUCCCGCGGGUACGUGUACAUAUAGUGAUACGGACGCCCGCCCGAGGCGCACACGAGGGACUGGCUCGCGACUCCGACCUCAUUUAUAGCGGUGUCUCAAGUGUUAGGCUGUACGAUCCGAUUUUGUUAUUUAUGUCCAUAAUGAUUUAUUUACAACAAGAAUGUCAAUGUGCUAUAAUCGAUUUCUAUUGUUCGAUUGUGAAAAAGAUGUAUUAUAACACGUAAUUUUGAUUUUUAUAAUAAAAUGGGACUUGAAUCUGUUUAUUGGUUUUAUGAUGGAGAUUUUAUACCGAGUACCUUUAGCGCCUUUGUCUAUAAGAGAAAACGUAGUGGAGAGUGUGAGGAGCUUAUGUGGGCUAUAAGUUUAAUUAAGUUUAAUGUGAAUUACAAUAAUCUAUAAUAUAUUGAAAUUGAAUCUGAA